AGUUCCACCUUCCAGAGGGCGCUGUGACACUAGAACAGAGCAGCAGCUCCCAGCCAGCUAGGAAAGAGAAAGAGCCUACCUACUUCACAGCGCCUGUCGGGCCAGCUCAACCUUUCAUAUAAGAUGAUGGAAGGAAAUGAGGACUCUAUUGAAGACCAUCUCACUGCUUAUGCAAUUCAGCUUAGUAUUCAAGAAUCAAUUGAAGCCAGUCAGCCAACAACUUCCCAUUACCAUGAAAGAUUUGUACCACCCAGUGAUCAAAAUAGGAAACUUAUAACAGCCAUAAGACAAGGCCAAGUAUUUGAUCUUCGGAACUAUGUGAAACAUAAAUAUGCUUUGGAUGAAGCUGAUGAAAGAGGUUGGUUUCCACUUCAUGAGGCUGCAGCUCAGCCAAUUCAGCAAAUACUUGAAAUCAUUCUGGAUGCAUCUUAUAAAUCAAUGUGGGAAUACAAAACAUGUGAUGGAGAAACACCGUUAACUUUGGCAGCAAAAGCUGGUUUUGUGGAAAAUGUAAGAACAUUAUUGGAAAAGGGUGUUUGGCCUAAUACCACAAACAAUAAAGGAGAAACUCCUCUUCUCAUUGCUGUGAGACGGGGCUCUUACGAAAUGGUAUUGGCUCUGAUUAAAUACAACUGUCGUAUCCACCAGCCAUGUGUAAAACGCUGGUCAGCAAUGCAUGAAGCUGCAAAACAAGGCUACAAAGAGAUUGUUUCUCUGCUUCUGAAGAAUGGAGGAAAUGUGCACUUGAAAGAUGGUUAUGGGGUAACGCCAUUAGGAGUUGCUGCUGAAUAUGGACACUGUGAUGUGCUGGAGCAUCUUAUUCAUAAAGGUGGUGAUGUUCAUGCUUUAGCAGAUGAUGGUGCAUCAGUACUGUUUGAAGCAGCUGGAGGAGGUAAUCCAGACUGUAUAGCUCUUCUUUUGGAAUAUGGAGGAAGUGGUAAUGUGCCUAAUAGGGCAGGACAGCUCCCUAUACACAAAGCAGCCUAUGAAGGACAUUAUCUGUCAUUGAAAUAUCUAAUUCCUGUUACAUCCAAGACUGCAAUCCAGAGAAGUGGGUUAAGCCCCAUUCACUCAGCAGCAGAUGGCCAGAAUGUGCAGUGUCUAGAACUCCUCAUUGAAAACGAUUUUGAUGUCAAUACCCUCCUGGCUGAACACAUUUCUGAAAACUACGAUGAUGAAAGGAAAACGGCACUCUAUUUUGCUGUUUCUAACAAUGACAUUCUCUGCACAGAAGUGUUACUCAAAGCUGGUGCAGACCCAAACAAGGAUCCUCUAAACUGUCUUCUUGUAGCAGUGAGAGCUGGUAACCAUGAAAUCGUACGAUUGCUUCUAUCAUAUGGAGCAAAUGUCAAUUGCUACUUCAUGCUCGUGAAUGACACCCAUUUCCCCAGUGCCAUUCAGUACGCUUUGAAUGAUGAGGUAAUGCUAAGGCUGUUGUUGAAUCAUGGAUAUAAUGCAGAGAGGUGUUUUGAUUGCAUGCAUGGCGACAUCUUUGGAAGUUCUUUUGUGUGGUCACUUCCAGAAGAGGAGGUAUUACCAGGAUGGACAUCUUGUGUAAUAAAAGAUACUCCAUUCUGUGCCUUUAUUACAGUUCCUUGGUUGAAACAUUUAGUUGGACAUGUGAUUCGCAUUUUGAUAGACUAUAUGGAUUAUGUUCCUUUGUGCUCAAAACUAAAGUGUGUCCUAGAAGCACAGAAGGAAUGGCCAGAGAUACAUCAGAUAUUAGAGAAUCCUCGCCCAUUAAAACAUUUGUGCCGCCUGAAAAUACGUCAACUGAUGGGACUAAGGAGACUACGGAGACAAGCAUCAAUGGCGAAGCUUCCUCUUCCACCAGUUCUAAAGGACUAUAUCCUAUAUAAAGAAUAUGAUCUUUAUGGAAAGGGGCUAAAUUUAGCCUAGAUUUAAAACAGUCGUUUAAAACUUGUAAAUUAAUUCUUUAAAAUUUUUUGCUAGAUUGAGAAUUAUUUAGUAUUGUUGUAUGUACUCAAAACAUUUGAUAUUUGCUGUAAAUAGGCCUUUUAUGGGAACCUUUUAAAAAAAAUGUGGUCUGUAAAACUCAAUUUGUUUUGUCUGUUUUUACUUAACAUUGUGUCUUGAUAUUCUAAGAGCAUGGAGAAGGAGAUGAUAGUCAUUGUGCAACCCAAAACCUCCAGGAUUGGAUUCUAGGUGAGUAAUAUGUACACUUCAACCUGGAAAAAAAGCUACGAGCAGAGUUUUCUUAGUAGGUUCUCUGUUGAAGAUGAUAAAAGAGAUCAUGUUUAAAAUGCUGAUUUAUUUUAAAAAGUGUAUAUGUGGAAAU